CUUUGAUUUCAUUUCCUGUGAGUCAUACACAUCUCAAAAUCAAAAAAAGCAAUUCUUUUGCUAUGGGAAACCUGAAAAAGACUUCAUUCCCACUGUGCAGACCAACCAAGCUGUGCAAGAGAAUACCAGCCACUGCUCAAAUGCUAUAAUUCAAACAAGGAAAUUAUCUAGUUGCUUGAGUUGUUAAACGAACAAAUGCUGUGAAAAUGUCACGGAAAGGCUCCAGAGAAUCUAAAAAUGUUAAUGUCUCCAGCUCUUUGGAAUCAGAAGAUAUUAGUUUGGAGACUACAGUACCCACAGAUGACGUUUCUUCCUCGGAGGAUCGGGAAGGUACUGUCAAAAUUACUAGACAGCUUAUUGAGCGGAAAGAGCUGCUUCAUAAUCUCCAGUUACUGAAAAUAGAGCUUUCCCAGAAGAACCUGAUGCUAGACAACUUGAAGGUGGAAUAUCUGACAAAAAUUGAAGAAUUGGAAGAGAAACUUAAUGAUGCUCUCCAUGGGAAACAGCUGUUAUCUUUACGGCUAGAUAACCAGUUGGCAUUACAGCAAGAAGAAGCUCGAAAACAUCAAGAAUUAAUGAAACAGGAAAUGGAAACUAUCUUACUACACCAAAAGCAACUAGAAAAGAAUAAUAAUCAGUUAAGAGAGCGAUCUGGAGAUAUUCGGAGGAGCUUGCGUGAUCUUGAAUUGACUGACGAAUGCUACGACAAACUCAAAUCUCUUCCAGAAGAAGAGCUUUCUAUUCCUGAAUAUGUGUCUGUAAGCAUUUGAGAUUGCAACAGGCUAUCAAAAAUUAAAAUCUUUCAGAGGACUGAUUUGGGUGGAGACAACAGUAAAAGAGUAAAAUUUAAAUACAUUUUUCAGAAUUAUGAAGAAGAGAGAAGAAAUCGCUCAGAUCUGGAAGUUAGAUGUCAGCGUCUAACACUUGAACUAGCUGAUACAAAACAAAUGAUUCAUCAAGGUGACUACAGACAGGAGAAUUACGAUAAAGUAAAAAGUGAACGUGAUUCAUUGGAGCAUGACUUCUCAGACCUCCGAAGAAAAUAUGAAAUAUUGGAGGUCUCUCACAAAGCACUAAUCAAAGAAAAAACUGAUUUAUCAAAAGAGGUUGCAACUUUACAGCAGUCUGUCACCUUGCUCCAAAAAGAUAAGGAUUACCUUAACCGUCAAAAUAUGGAGCUCAGUGUUCGUUGUGCUCAUGAAGAAGACCGUCUUGAAAGACUUCAGGUUCAGCUAGAGGAUGCCAAAAAGGCCAGAGAAGAAAUGUAUGAAAAAUAUGUAACAUCUAGAGAUCAUCAUAAAGCAGAGUAUGAAAACAAACUUCAUGAUGAAUUGGAACAGAUAAGACAGAAGACAUCCCAAGAAAUAGAACAGCUUCGAACAGCGACAAAGGAAAUGUAUGAGCGUGAAAAUAGAAAUUUAAGAGAAGCAAGAGAUAAUGCUGUGUCUGAAAAAGAGAGAGCUAUAACAGCUGAAAAAGAUGCUUUAGGAAAAUACGAGCAACUUUUGGAACAGUACAGGCAGUUGCAGCUCAGCACAGAAAGCAAAGUGGCUGAAUUCCUCCAUCAGAGCAAACUGAAGUCCUUUGAAAGUGAACGUGCACAACUCAUGCAGGAAGAAACUUCCAGGAACCUUUCACAGUGCCAGCUGGAAUGUGAAAAGUACCAGCGGAAACUAGAAGUUUUAACCAAAGAAUUUUAUAAUCUUCAAGCUAUGAGUGAGAAACGUAUUUCAGAACUUCAGGCACAAAAUUCUGACUACCAGGCAAGGCUCGACACGUAUGAAAAACUGGAGAAAGAACUUGAUGAGAUAAUAAUGCAAACUGCAGAACUUGAAAAUGAAGAUGAAGCAGAAAGAGUUCUGUUCUCUUAUGGAUAUGGUGCAAAUGUUCCUACAACAGCCAAAAGGCGGUUGAAGCAAAGUGUUCAUUUGGCAAGAAGGCUACUACAGCUAGAAAAGCAAAAUACAUUGCUUGCAAAAGAUCUGGAGCAUCAAAAGGAACAAGUUACCCAGAUUUCACAAGAGCGGGACAGGGUUAAUUCUUUGUUGAACCAAGUGCAACAACCAUAUAGAUACCUCAUUGAAUCUGUACAACAGAGAGAUUCUCAGAUACAUUUACAGAAAGAACAUACUGCACAACUUGAAAAGGAUAUUAGUCUUUUAAAGAAGGAAAAGACAGAUUUGCUGCGCGUCAAGAAUCAAAUGGCAGCAGAUUUAGAAAAACUUCUAAAUCAACGUGAGGAACUUGCUGUGAUGAAACAGAUGUUGAUCAGCCUUCAUAGUAAACCCCAACGAGACAGUUUUCCUCAAAACCAAAAUAAAAAUCUGCCUGCAAAAUUCAUAUCCAAUCUAUCAGCCCAUCUACCUUUAGAACAUGAGGAGGAAAGUACAUUUGCACCCAAACCAACAUUAUUUACAAAUGAAGCUCCACAACAAUGGCUGAAGAAGGCAAAGCAGAAAAAAGUAUCCUAGAUUAUUAUUGCAUCAAACACAUUGUCAUCAUGAUCAUGUUAUAAAACUUACUCAUUAAGAAACUAUUUUUACUACUGUAUUCUAAUUAUUUUUAGUAUAGUUGUUGCAGCAUAAUUUUUUUUAACUUGUGGGACUGCUUUUGUGAUAUUUCAAAAUGCAGAUACCAGGCCAUAUGU